UUUCCACCUGCGAGCUUUUUCUGCAGAAUGCGGGAAGCCGCAGCGGCGAAGGAGGGGGCGGAGGCAGAGGCGGAGGCGGCACCAGGGGCCGGGGCAGGGGAGGCCGAGACCAUCGCAGUGACAAUUUCUUUUCCUGCAGCGAUGGCUGCAGGGACUGCUGCUGGCGGGUAUCAGACCGUCUGCGCGUGAGUUUGCGAGGUCGCUCCUAGCCUCCGGGUGUGGCGAGCCGCCGCAACGAACCAGAAGGGAGGAAGAAGAGCGCGACGCACCGAGCCCGCGGGAGUGGAACUAUUGAUAGCAAAGCCCCAUCGGUCCUCAGAGGAAGAGGGGGAGGAGGCCCGGCCAGGCGGGAGAGCCGGUGUCUCCUAGUUCUGUAUCACAACGCCCCGCUGCAGUGCCUUCCAGCAAAAGCCUCCGCGACCCGGGCUCCUGCGGCCAGACGGAUGCCAAGGCCCCACGCCAGGCACGGGGACAGCUGCUGCGGUCGCCGUCCCACGCGGACUCCGGACUUCAGGGGUUGCUGAUGAAGUGAUUGAGGAAAAAGGCAGAACACCAUGGACCAGCCAUUUACUGUCAACUCUCUGAAAAAGUUAGCUGCUAUGCCUGACCACACGGAUGUCUCCCUCAGUCCAGAAGAGCGAGUCCGUGCUCUGAGCAAGCUGGGUUGUAAUAUUAGCAUCAAUGAAGAUAUCACACCACGCCGCUAUUUUCGAUCUGGAGUAGAAAUGGAGAGGAUGGCAUGUGUGUAUUUAGAAGAAGGAAACUUGGAAAAUGCCUUUGUUCUUUACAAUAAAUUUAUAACCUUAUUUGUAGAAAAGCUCCCCAGCCAUCGAGACUAUCAGCAAUGUGAGGUACCAGAAAAGCAGGAUAUUAUGAAGAAACUGAAGGAGAUUGCAUUCCCAAGAACAGAUGAACUGAAAAAGGACCUUUUAAAGAAAUAUGACAUAGAAUACCAAGAAUAUUUGCAAAGCAAAAACAAAUAUAAAGCUGAAAUUCUCAAAAAAAUGGAGCAUCAGAGACUGAUAGAGGCUGAGAGGAAGCGGAUCGCCCAGAUGCGCCAACAGCAGCUAGAAUCAGAGCAGUUUCUGUUUUUUGAAGAUCAACUGAAGAAGCAAGAAUUAGCCCGGGGUCACAUACCCAGCCAAGAAACCCCGGUGCAGUCAGAGCAGAUUGACGAGAGUGCUUUGUCCUGCCUUUCCACACGCCAGAACAAUUCCUUGCUGAAUAUACUUGGAGAUCAACCUAAUAAAAGUGAUGCAACAGAUCUGGCCAGCCACUCUCCUCCAGUCAACAGGGCCUUAAAGCCAGCUGCUACGCUAAGUGCUGUUCAGAAUUUAGUAGUUGAAGGACUGCGAUGUGUGGUUCUAUCAAGAGACCUUUCCCAUCGAUUUUUGUUGCUUGCAGAGUCUAAUACAGUGAGAGGAAUAGAAACCUGUGGAAUACUCUGUGGAAAACUGACACAUAAUGAAUUUACAAUUACCCAUGUCAUCGUGCCAAAGCAGUCUGCGGGACCCGACUAUUGUGACGUGGAGAACGUAGAGGAAUUAUUCAGCGUUCAGGAUCAACACGGUCUCCUCACUCUGGGAUGGAUUCACACCCAUCCCACUCAAACUGUGUUCUUAUCCAGUGUGGAUCUUCACACUCAUUGUUCCUACCAGCUCAUGUUGCCAGAGGCAGUUGCCAUUGUUUGUUCGCCAAAGCAUAAUGACACUGGCAUCUUCAGACUCACCAAUGCCGGCAUGCUUGAGGUUUCUGCUUGUAAGAAGAAAGGCUUUCAUCCACACACCAGGGACCCCCGACUGUUCAGUAUAUGCAAACAUGUGUUGGUAAAAGACAUAAAAUUAAUCGUGCUGGAUCUGAGGUGAUAUGUUCUGAAGAGGACACCACUACCACCGGACACCUACCGAUGGACAUGUGGUUGCUGGAUUUUCUUAAGAUGCUUCCAGAAAGUGACUGAUAUUUUAUAUUUAUACAUUUUAGACCAGAAAGUUUGAUAUUUAUUGCUAUUGCACAUUUUGAAGUUUUCUUUUUGGGUUGCUUUGUCUCAAAAGAGAUCACAGUGGUGUUAACUCAGUACCUACUCAUGUACCCAAAUACUCUGACCAAAUAAUAAAGUGUGCUGCAAACAGUGUGCGUGCUGUUUAGAGGCCUCUGCACUUGUUUUCAGUUUUUAGAUGUUUCA